CAAUUUGGCGACGGGGAAAACUAGUACAUAACAAUUUCACCAUGAGCUGACAUCAGUUAGAGAACCAUUGGAAAACGUGCCAGGGAGUACUGGACAGCCGUGUCGUUUUAGUUUGGGACUCUUCAUCGGUACGCACCCACCACAACGGUAAGAACCCAGGACCUUCUGGUUACAAGGCGAGCUCGUAGACCAUUGAGCCACUGGGACCCGAUCCAGCGGUCCUUGAAUUCUAACUUCUGCCAAUUCACGAUAUAGUGCGACCACUUCGCCAUUAUCUUCUUCGAUGAGUUACUGCCUCAUCUUCAACCUUCUCUACCCUACUGGUCACGGCCUCCUACUAGAACCCCAGGUUAACUACUUGAAUAGGGCCAGUCACUAGUAAGCAUUAGAUUAAUUUUCAAGUAUUGGUUGUUUUGUAGGGAUUUUGUUUGAUUGUAUGGAGGAUUUCACCAUGAGCUGACAUUAGAUAUCUCAAUAUUACUCACUCUACUAUAUCUUCUCACCUAUCAUGCGAGAUAGAACGCAAACACGCAUAUGAUCGAAGACAGCUAGCCAGCCUUUUCAUGUCUGCCAGUUUCAGCAGCUACGCCUCACAACUAUGCAGUACACAGGUGUUAUCUAGAAUUUCAAUGAUGAUUACCCAGGCAAACUUUCUCUCUAGGUUAACAGAAUUACAUCAUUGUCAACCGCCUGAGCUGCCUAUCUCCUGCCUUAUUGUUGUAGAGUUCACAUUAUUUUUUAGCCAGUCGCUUUCCUUCACUCUAAAUGGCUUCAUUUGCUGAAUCUUUCUCUUCGAAUUUGAAUUUUUUAGAUUUUGCCUCUAAAAUGAAUGAUCUUCAAUAUGAAAUUAUUGUUCAAGAAGUUGUUCAAAGUGAAUUAAGACAGACAGUCUCCUCUCAGCCUAUAUAUGAACGUUUUGGUGGUAAUAUAUUUCUUCCCGCCUCUCGUACAAAACUUUUAAUGGCCUGCGAAGAAAAACUUAAAAAACUACGUGAUCAAUCGUUAAAAUUGAAAGCUGAUAAGAGUUGAAUUAUCUUUGUUGUUUUUUCCUACAAUUUCUUGAUAACUAACCUGUACAGUUUAAUAUUGUUUUAGAAAAAAAAAUGUCUUACUACUUAUAUAAAAACAAAAGUAUGUAAAGUACAAAUAAAAAUGAUUUGAAAUAUGUUUAUUUUAUAUUUUCAGUUGUACUAAUAAUUGGUAUUUGUAGAGUAACCUGUUUGUGGCUGUGAGUGAGACACAUGGUCAUUGAAAGGAUGGAAGACAUAUGAAAAGGUCGGCUAGCUGUCUUUGGUCAAAAAGGUGCCUGCGUUCUAUCUCCUGUGUGUGUUUUGGGUGGGUAGGCUGAGUAAUAUUGAGGUGGUUAGGCGUCGAGUGUGUUUGUUAAGGAGGAAAGCUACAUUGAUUGAGGGAGAUGUCACAUUCGAUUCCGUUGACUGAGAGGUACUAUGGCGAUGUUUGGCUGUGAAAGGAAUGCCUAGACAAAAUACAUCACAAUGAUAAAGGUAUUCUCUAUUCGAAUUCAUGUGGUCAGUCAGGUGAGAGCGUACGGAGAGUUGUCAUCUGAAGUGGUGACAACCAGUGGUGUCCAUCAUGAAUGCUCAUUGUCCCCAUUAAUUUCAUCAUUGAUGUACUAAGAGACUUGACCGUAACUGCUGACUUCAGCGAUUCAGGGAAUAGUUUUGUAGACUUGAAAUAUGUGAAGAUGUUAUAGUUCUUCUAGGUGGAGACGCUGACAAAGUGCGGAGUAUUCUAAACACCUUGAAGAGCAGCAGUAUUCAAAUGUUUGAUGUGCGAUUUGUUCCCGUCGAAUGUACGACGGUGCUACAGGACUGCACUAUAUCGACUCAGCUUAGAAAUAGGGAGUAAAGUGGUAGAGCACGUUGAGUACUUCACUUAUUCGGGAAGUUGUAUCAGCCCCAGUGGGUUGAUCACUGACGAAAUCUUAGCAUGGAUAUAGAAGGCUCUUCCGGCAUUUGCCAACUGAAGCCAUUUCUGGCAUAGUAGACUUGAUUUUCCGCUGGCUAUUGACCAGAGGGCAUGUGUACUGCUCAGCGUUUCGGUGAGUGGGAUAUGGCCAUUAAAAGUGGGAUAUAUGAAAAGGCCGCCUAGUUGUCUUUGGUCAUACGUUUUUGCGUUGUAUCUCCCGUGCCAGGUGGUACAAAAAGGUGAGCAAUAUUGAGGAUAGGCGUUGAAUGCUAGGUAGGUAGGAAGGGUAAUCAAUCAAAGAUGCUGCGAAGUUACAGCGAUUGACAUGGUUAGGACUUGUCUUACGCAUGCCCACCAUUCAUCACCUUCCUCGACGAGCGAGGUUAGGUGACACAGGAUCUAUCAGGUUGGAAAAGAGCUAGUGUGGUAGUCAAACCAAAAGAUGGCUUCAUCAGUCAAUGAAAUCCACAACAGUUAGUUUAAGC